CCACAGCGGAAGCGAUUGCUUGCAGCUGAAGCACCCUCGAUGGUCCAGAGAAAGGUGUGAAAACGGGGAAAUAACUGUGCUCCGUGGAGCUAUUUGAAAGUACAAAGCAAGCUUUAUGACGAGAUAAAGAGUCGGAGAGCGCAGGCGGGAUGAUUUUAGCAGCACAUUUGUCGUUUUUCCUCCUAAUUUCGUCGGUCGGAGCGGCUAAGGAUAGGGACGACGAGUGGGUUCAUCUGCCAAACAAAUGUGAAGUCUGUAAGUUUGUCAGCAUUGAGAUGAAGUCGGCGUUCGAGGAGACAGGGAAGACCAAAGAAGUCAUCGAUAGGAACUACCGCUUCAUAGACAGCAAGGGGGCCCCGCCGAUCAUAUACGUCAAGUCAGACCUGAGAUUCAUUGAGGUUGUAGAAAAUGUGUGUCAGAGGCUGCUGGAGUACAAUCUGCACAAAGAGAGAAGUGGUAGCAACCGCUUUGCCAAGGGCAUGUCGGAGACCUUCUCCACCCUCCACGGUUUGGUGAAUAAAGGAGUGAAUGUGGUGAUGGACAUUCCCUACGAGCUGUGGAACGAGACUUCAGCUGAAGUGGCCGACCUUAAAAAACAGUGUGAUGUGAUGAUAGAGCAGUAUGAGGACGUGAUUGAGGACUGGUAUAAAGGAAGCCAGGAGGAGGACCUGACCACGUAUUUGUGUGAGAAACACGUUCUCAAAGGGCAGGACACAGCCUGCCUGGACGAGAGUUGGACUCCAAAGAGGAAGGGAGACCAGGCAGCGAUUGCAGAGGACAAGAAGAAGAAGAAAAAGAAGAAGGGAGGGAAGAAGGGCAAGGGCAAAGGCGAGGAGGGAGGAGAGGGGGGAGGAGACGGCAGCUCGGAGGGAGAGAAGGCGAGCAAGAAGAAGAAGGAGAAGAAGGUGGUGAAGAAGAAGAAGAAGAGCAAAGCUCCAGUGGAGAAGACGGAUGGCGGGGUGUCGUCCGACGAGGAGAUCCAGCCACAGGUGCCUCUUUCUGGGCAGAAGACGGAGCUGUGAGAGCUGGUUGCUGACUGGACGUGCAUCAGUUCUCCAGAGGCAAACUUGCUGAGUGAAAGCAGCUUCAAAUGAUUGAAUUUGCUACAUGAAAUCCUGCAGUGUUACAUGUUCUGAAGUCAUUUUUUCACGUUUUGAUGGUAUGACACGCUGGUGUGUGAGGAAUUAGCCCUGGCCGGGAAAUUUAUAACCAAUUAUCCAAACUAUGAAGUAUUUCUGACUUUACCCCCACUUGAGUCAUUUAAUGGACUUUUAAAAUCUGAUCAGUUUUAGUAGAGUCUGCAUUGGAUCCUGGAGUCACUCUUACAAACACUGUCUUCAUAUAAAGAAUCAUGUGGUUAAUUAUAGCUUGGGACCAGUUUCUCCAUAUGUAUUCAUGAAGUUUUACUCCUCAAAUGAUCUGCUUUGACCCAGAGGCACAUUUGACCUCAUAAAAAAGUAACAAAGGUGUAAACAACUUGAAUUGUGCUUUUUAUCUGCUUUUUAUCUGAGCUUCUCGGACCGACAGCAAACACUUUUGGCACAUCUGGGAACUUGUUGCCAUUUUUGACUAUUCAUUGACACAUCUUGAAUUGUGCUGUACUAACGCAUUAAUGAAAGUCUGCGGAGGCGUCAUGAGCCCUGAUGCUCUGUCUGCAAAUUUAACCCUGUGCUGGAGAAUGAGUGCUGUAUGCAGACCUGCUACUUGCAGAGUUUAACUGUGUGAGAAUAUUGGGGCAGCUGCGUGUGAGAGGGAGUUUAGUUUUCUAUCUUUCUCAGUUGGUGUUCAUUUGUGUACUUUGUCUCCUUAGAAUGUGACUUUCUGUGUGUGUUUCUGACCCGUCUCAUAUCAGCAGAAACUUUCAUUCCGGCUCAGGACCGGGACCGUCUCAUCAGCCUCUUUGAGUUAUUUUUUUGUGCUGUUUUAAGGUGGUUGAUCUUUGACUCUGACGAGCAUUUUAUUAGGAACACCAGGUGCAAUCUAAAACUUUUACAAACCUACAAUUUUUUCAGUUAUUGCAGAGGUUUGUAAACAUGUUAACUGUUACAUUAAAAAAAAAAAUUGAUACAUUGUCAAUAACAAACGUAACAGCAACAUCAUAACAUCUUUUUCUUUAUAUUUCCACAGCCAUGAACGAGUAUAUAACAUAUAUAUAUAUAUAUAUAUAUAUAACACUCUGUAGAUGUCACAGUAUUGGUGUGAACGCUUGUGCCCAUGGUAACCUGAAGUGUUCGUACUAUUUUGUCCAGGGGGGGGGCGAAGUGUGGACUGCACAGGUGUUCCUAAUAAAGUGCUCGCUGGGUGUGACUGAUGAUUGUUGGUCUGACUUUUUCAUUUCUCAGUGAUUUAGUUCAGUCUCAGUAAAAGUCUCUGUCCUGAUUUUUUUCAACCCUUUGAAUCAUUUCAGUGAUGCAAACUGCUGCAUUAGUUGAAACACCCCUUUAAUCAGUAGCUCCAACAUGCAGUUCUUCUGAUCCUUUUGUGUUUGUUUGCUGUACAAAAGCUGCUACUUAAAGCAUGUGUGUGUGUGAUUCUCCUGAACUGAAGACAACGAAGGUUUGUACACCGGUUUUUUGCAUUUUCUUAAGUGUGCGUGUGUGUACCUGUGUGUUUCUAUGAGAUUUUUAUUCUGAGUUAAAGAUGCUGGCUGUGCUGUAUUGGAGUCGCUUUUUGAAACCACGAGCAGACACAUCAGUGUAUUAUAAUAAUAAA